CUUUCUUCUAUUAUAGAUCAACAUCAGUCACUGAUGAGUCACUGACUAAGCAAAAACCCGCGAAACUCUGACUCGUUCAUUUCUCAAUCUGACUCACUGAGUUUCGUUUUCACACUGUUUUCUCAACUCAGCGAAACCAUGAGCCGAUUCCGGCGAUUCGAGCUCAUCGAGCCGUGCUACUACUCUCCUCCUUCGCUCUCCAUCCGAGAAACCUCUAUUUUCGCGCCAAAAACCCUCGCACUGCCUUCGUUUCUAGAGGAGGAUCUCGAUCUCGAUUUUCUGAGCCCGAGUCCGUUCGGGUUCUUCGACGCGGUGACCGAUCUGGUCCGAAUCGACGAAACGCCGUCGUUUUCGUCGUACAGGAGAAUCCAGAAGGUGGAGAGGCAUGGAGCCGAGUCUCUCUACUUGCAGAGCCUCAGCGACAGAGUGAGCCAGCUGGAGUCGCGGUUCGAUCGGCUGGUCAAGGGCGUCGACAGGAAGUACACGUGGACGGCGGAGAUCAAGGACGGCUCGGAACGGAAGUACAAGUGGACGGCGGAGAUCAAGGACGGAAAGAAGAAGAAGGAGGAGGAAGUGGUGGUGAAGAGAGGAGGGGUUGAGAAGAACUAUAAAUGGACGGCUGAGAUUAAAGGGAGAGGCGAGGAGGGCCGUCCGAUCACGAAGACGUACACGUUCAAAGCAGCGAACGUUGAUGAUGAAGAUGUUGAUGAUGAUAGUGAUUGUGUUAAAUCGAAGAAAAAGGAAGAGAAGAAGAAGAAGGAGAAGAAGAAAAAGAAGGAAGAGAAGGAAGAGAGUCACAAGCGUACGGUGGAGAUCGAAGAGCUUGGAGAUCAUAGGGCUGUGGUUUUAAGACAGGCCUUUGCCAGGAGAGCUGGAGUUGUCAAAAAGUGCAGAGGCAAGGAGAAGGAAUUGUCCCCUCAAGAUGCAGCAUUGAUGAUUCAGCUGUAUUUCAGAGCUUAUCUAAUCCGUAGAUCAAAGGCUCUUCGUGCUCUUAGAGAUCUGGCAGUUGCCAAGACCAAGUUGAAGGAGAUCAGAGCAUUGUUCAAUAAUUUCUCCUAUCGCAGUCGUGUAGCUCAAGACGCAGGGGAGCGUCAGAGGUUUUCAGAAAAAAUUAUUGUCCUGCUCCUUACUGUUGAUUCCAUUGAGGGAGUCGACGUCAUGGUGCGUUCUGCAAAGAAGUCAAUGGUGGAUGAGUUGGAAGCAAUGCUGGAUGUAGUGGACCCACAGCCUCCCGGGAAAUCACUUUCUAUGAGGAGGAGGACUUUUGAUAUGCCCGAUGGUGCCUUUCACAAGGAAAUUGCAGAAGGUGUAGCACAGGUUAUCCAAAUGCUUGAUGAAGAAAAGAGUUCCGAGACCUUUGAGGUAUGUGUGUAAGAACAUGUAAUAAUCACUGUUUCGGAUUGUAGUGUUUUCCCAGGAAGAUGUGAUCUAAGUGAGGAGAUUUAGAAGACUUUAACCGGUUGUUUCUCUCAUGUAUUGAGCUGUGUAAUGCUUGAACCUUUACCCACUACUUCUGGAUUCAAGGGGAUUCGGAAGACUUUAACUGGCUGUUUCUUUGUAGUGUUAUAGUUUCUUCCAGGGAAGAUGGCUUUGCAUUUGAAGAUACUGAUCAUUGUGCUUUACAUUGUUUGUAAUGUUUAUUAAUGCUCUCAACCUAGUAAAAGCUUUCAUCCCAACUUUGGAUAA